AUGGCUUGCGCGGACGAGACACUCACGGCCGCUGCUGCCAUUCUCCAAAAUCUCGCUAGAGAAGCCCCUUCCUCCGGUUCUCCCUCCUUCGACUUCACUUUCUCCCCGCAUUCCACAAAUGGCGUAGACUCGCUUCCCAAGUUACCUGGAGAGCCUAGCUUAGCAAAAGUUAGGUUCGAAAAUGAGUUAGAAGGCUUGGUCCGUCGGAUCCAUCGCAUGGAAGUUCAAACUCACCAAAACCACACACAAACCGUCCAAGACAUUCAACCCACACAACACGCUCAUAAGCGGAGAAAAUCUUCCAAGGAUGCGGAACCUGAAGUCCUCGAGGAAAGUGAUGCUGCGGGAAGCGAUGAAGAGGAGGAUGGCGGAGCAGCAACCUUAGUUCGGGAGGAAGACAUCAGCUACUUACGGAAUUAUGUUCAAAAGCAAGCGGAGGAAAUAAGUUUUCAGAAGAAUAUCAUCACUCAGGUCCGGGAAGAGCUACAACUGCAAGAAGUGCAAACGCGGCGAGCUCUCACCAAGGUCGAAAAUGAGGAUGUGGUUCUCCUGGAACGAGAGCUGCGCAAACAUCAGCAAGCAAACGAAGCUUUCCAGAAGGCACUACGAGAAAUCGGAGGCAUCAUAACUCAGGUCGCUAACGGAGAUUUAUCAAUGAAGGUUCAGAUCCAUCCCUUGGAGAUGGAUCCUGAAAUUGCCACUUUCAAACGGACAAUCAACACUAUGAUGGACCAACUCCAAGUUUUUGGUAGUGAGGUGUCUCGAGUCGCUCGUGAGGUCGGAACAGAAGGUAUACUUGGUGGACAAGCUCAAAUUACCGGCGUCCAUGGUAUCUGGAAGGAGUUGACGGAGAACGUCAACAUCAUGGCUAAAAAUCUUACGGAUCAAGUGCGUGAAAUCGCCGUUGUCACGACCGCUGUCGCACACGGUGAUCUCAGCCAGAAAAUCGAAAGCCGGGCUCAAGGUGAAAUUCUCGAACUUCAACAAACGAUCAAUACCAUGGUGGACCAACUUCGGACUUUUGCAACGGAGGUUACUCGUGUCGCUCGCGAUGUCGGUACAGAAGGUGUUCUCGGUGGUCAAGCUCAGAUCGAAGGCGUACAAGGCAUGUGGAAUGAACUAACGGUAAACGUGAACGCGAUGGCAAACAAUUUGACGACACAAGUGCGCGAUAUUGCAACGGUUACUAAAGCAGUCGCUAAAGGUGAUCUUACCCAGAAGGUCCAGGCAAACUGCAAGGGAGAAAUUGCCGAGCUAAAGAAUAUUAUCAACUCCAUGGUUGACCAACUUCGCCAAUUUGCGCAAGAAGUCACCAAGAUUGCUAAAGAGGUCGGUACUGAUGGUGUACUUGGUGGGCAAGCUACCGUCAAUGAUGUGGAAGGCACGUGGAAGGAUCUCACCGAAAAUGUCAACCGAAUGGCCAAUAACCUGACCACCCAAGUCAGAGAGAUCGCGGAUGUGACAACCGCUGUCGCAAAGGGUGAUCUCAGCAAGAAGGUUACCGCCAAUGUCCAAGGAGAAAUACUAGAUCUCAAAAGCACGAUCAACGGCAUGGUGGACCGACUUAAUACAUUCGCCUUUGAAGUCAGCAAAGUCGCUAGGGAGGUCGGAACAGACGGUACCCUUGGCGGCCAAGCUAAAGUAGAUAAUGUGGAAGGGAAAUGGAAGGACCUCACCGACAACGUCAACACCAUGGCCCAGAAUUUGACCUCACAGGUGCGAAGUAUAUCAGACGUCACGCAAGCCAUUGCCAAGGGUGAUUUGAGCAAGAAGAUUGAAGUCCACGCCCAGGGAGAGAUCUUAACCCUCAAGGUCACAAUCAACCACAUGGUGGACCGUCUAGCUAAAUUCGCCACGGAGUUGAAGAAGGUCGCACGCGAUGUCGGUGUUGAUGGCAAAAUGGGUGGCCAGGCAAACGUGGAAGGAAUCGCUGGGACGUGGAAGGAGAUCACAGAGGACGUCAACACCAUGGCAGAGAAUCUUACGUCGCAGGUACGAGCCUUUGGCGAAAUCACAGAUGCAGCAACAGAUGGUGAUUUCACAAAACUCAUCACCGUCAAUGCCUCUGGUGAGAUGGAUGAGUUGAAACGCAAGAUCAAUAAAAUGGUGUCGAAUCUACGGGACAGUAUUCAGCGAAACACAGCCGCCAGAGAGGCUGCCGAAUUGGCAAACCGCACCAAGUCCGAAUUCCUGGCAAACAUGAGUCACGAAAUCCGAACACCUAUGAAUGGUAUCAUUGGUAUGACACAGUUGACUCUGGACACGGACGAUCUGAAACCGUACACUCGGGAGAUGUUGAAUGUGGUGCAUAAUUUGGCGAAUAGUCUUUUGACGAUCAUUGACGACAUACUCGAUAUUUCGAAGAUCGAAGCGAAUCGUAUGGUGAUCGAGAGCAUCCCGUUCACAGUUCGCGGCACCGUCUUCAACGCCCUGAAGACAUUAGCAGUCAAGGCCAACGAGAAAUUCCUGAGUCUCACAUACCAAGUCGACAAUACAGUUCCUGACUAUGUCAUUGGUGACCCCUUCCGUCUGCGCCAGAUUAUACUGAACUUAGUCGGCAACGCGAUCAAAUUUACCGAGCAUGGCGAGGUCAAGUUGACGAUCUGCAAGUCGGACCGCGAACAGUGUGCGGCAGAUGAAUACGCCUUUGAGUUUUCAGUCUCAGAUACUGGAAUUGGUAUAGAGGAGGACAAGCUUGAUUUGAUCUUCGAUACUUUCCAACAGGCAGAUGGGUCGACCACACGAAGAUUCGGAGGCACUGGCCUUGGGUUGUCUAUCUCAAAACGCUUAGUCAACCUAAUGGGUGGUGAUGUAUGGGUCACUUCCGAAUACGGCCACGGCAGCACAUUCCAUUUCACCUGCGUCGUGAAGCUGGCAGACCAGUCUCUCAAUGUCAUCGCAUCCCAACUCCUGCCGUACAAGAAUCACCGUGUCCUCUUUAUCGACAAGGGAGAAAACGCCAAUGAGGCAGAAAGUGUCCUGAAGAUGCUGAAGAAGCUGGAUCUUGAACCGUUGGUUGUCCGCAAUGAGGAACAUGUCCCACCCCCAGAGAUUCAAGACCCCUCCGGCAAAGAGUCUGGUCACGCUUAUGAUGUGAUUAUUGUGGACUCAGUAAACACGGCCAGGAUGCUCCGAACAUACGAUGACUUCAAAUACGUUCCCAUCGUGUUGGUAUGCCCACUGGUCUGCGUCAGCUUGAAGUCGGCCUUGGAUCUUGGAAUUAGCUCUUACAUGACAACACCAUGCGAGCCGAUUGAUCUAGGCAACGGUAUGCUGCCUGCGCUCGAGGGACGCUCCACGCCAAUCACCACUGACCACUCGCGCUCGUUCGACAUCCUUCUUGCUGAGGACAAUGACGUUAACCAGAAAUUGGCCGUGAAAAUUCUCGAGAAGCACAACCAUAAUGUCUCAGUUGUUGGCAAUGGCCAAGAAGCUGUGGAUGCUGUUAAGCAGCGCCGCUAUGAUGUGAUUUUGAUGGAUGUGCAAAUGCCAGUUAUGGGUGGCUUUGAGGCUACGGGCAAGAUUCGCGAGUAUGAAAGAGACAGUGGUUUGAGCCGAACACCAAUUAUUGCUCUCACAGCCCACGCCAUGUUGGGUGACCGAGAGAAGUGUAUCCAGGCCCAGAUGGACGAAUAUUUGUCCAAGCCGCUGAAGCAGAACCAAAUGAUGCAGACCAUUCUCAAAUGUGCCACUCUCGGUGGCUCUCUUCUAGAAAAGAGCAAGGAGUCUCGCAUCUCAAGCAGUGGGGAGAUGCAUCAUGUCCACACAGGCCCAGAUGGCAAGUCGCAACGUCCGGGAAUGGAAGCCCGAUCAAUCACAGCAUCGAGUUCCGCAAACCAUACCCUCGCUAGCCCGACUUCCGAGAGAAGCGAGCAGCUCUCUAUGGAUAGGGUAAGACCUUGA